CUUACCUUGCAAUCGGGAAUCUGGAUGAAACCUCCCAAAUGCAGGACGAAUAGUAUAAUGUCAGUUGUAGUUCCUUUUUAAAAAUUUUUAAAUUGUUAAAGGCCGUUUUAAGCUUUAGCCUCAUUUUAGGAAUCUGCACUACUGCUACACAGUUUUCAAGUGCGUAAUUCCGUUGUAAUUGGUUGGAUUCUAGUGUGGUAGCGACGAAUUUAUUAUGGCCUUUCACGACGAAGUAGAAAUCGAAGACUUCGUGUUUGAUCCCGAAACGGAGACCUACACAUACCCUUGCCCUUGUGGGGACCGAUUUACAAUAACGAAGGAAGAGCUGGAGAAAGGCGAAGAUGUAGCACGCUGUCCGAGCUGCUCUCUGAUAGUCAAAGUUAUCUAUAACCUUGAGGAUUUCCUCCAUGGAGAAGCAGUACAGAGUCAGAAAUCCGGUCCACCCAAGCAAACCAUGAUCAGCCACUGAUGCGGCAUCGUACCACGAUGGGCACGACCUGAUUGUUGAAACCUCGAGUAUUAAAGAAUUGUUUUCUCUCCGAUGCUGUAUAUGAUCUUCAAGUUCGCGUAGCUUUCUUUGUGAGAUAGUCGAAACGUUCCCCAAUAAUUCCUGUACCGAAUUAUUAGUCUGAGAAGUCCUAUGGAUUUCACUUUGUUGCCGUACGAGUGCCUUGUGUGAUUUCGAGCUGUUUUUUUAUGGUUGACAUCGAUUUUGGAAAUUGUAUUAGCAGUGAUGUUCCGCUUUGCAAACUGGAUUUGGAAUUCGUUGCACGAAAUCACAAAGCUGACAAAACUCGAAUAUCUGUGAC